CUCGCCUCGAUCGACACCACACCAUAACCAUACCGGCACGGCAGCAUCGGCAUUCCAUUUGCAACAAUGCUGCCAGCACGGCUCCUGAGUCCAGUUCGCCCGUAUCGCUGUCUGCUGGCCCCUCUCCGCCGGUAUGCUUCGCAGCCUACACAAGCAGGGCUUCGACAGCCGCCCCAACCAAACCCGCCCCACGACGAUACCCGCGACGUUGCCAAGCUCGAGGCUCUUCGGGAGCUGGGAUACGCCGCAUACCCCGACUUUAGCACAAAGUCGGCCAUCGCCGGACACUCCUGCAUCUCAUCCAUCAUUCAAUCGCAGUCAACGCGGCUGGAGAAUGGCCAAUGGGACAAGUCGGUGCUGCUGAGGACAACAGGUCGAGUCGUUGCAAAGCGCAGUGCCAGCAAAAAGCUUCAGUUUCUCGAUAUUGCCCACGCCGACAGCCAGCUGCAGCUGGUGGCAAAGCUCAGCGAGUAUCAGUCCUCAAAGGAAUUCCAAGAUCUGAUGCCCCUCAUCAAUCCCGGCGAUGUCGUUGAGGCCAUCGGUUAUCCCGGAAGGACGCCCUCUGGAGAGCUCAGUAUCGAGCUGAAGCAGAUCCGCAUUCUUGCGCCUGCCCUGCGGCUUGUGCCAUACAAGCUCGGCUUCGACGACCCCGAAUCUCGAUUUCGAAAGCGGUAUCUGGAUAUGCUUGUCAACAAAGACUCGGUUGAUCGCAUUCGAACUCGCUCCAAGAUCAUUCGUCGGCUGCGUGAGUUCCUCGAUAGCCGCGGAUUCGUAGAGGUUGAGACACCCAUCCUUUCCAGCCAAGUUGGCGGCGCAAAUGCCAAACCCUUCUCGACACACAUGAACGAUCUUCAUCUGGACCUGCAGCUGCGGAUCGCGCCAGAGCUCUAUCUGAAACAGCUGGUCAUUGGCGGCCUCGAUCGCGUCUACGAGAUUGGAAAGCAAUUCCGCAACGAAGGCGUUGAUGCUACGCACAAUCCAGAAUUCACGACCUGCGAGUUCUACCAGGCGUACUCGGAUCUCGAGUCGAUGAUGGACAUGACCGAGGAGCUUUUGCGAGACAUUUGCAUCUCCGUCACUGGCACAGCCACGGCGGAGACAAAGAUCGGCAGUAGUGAGGCACCCGAGCAAGUCGUUCUGGACUUUGGAAAGCCGUUCCAACGCAUCGACAUUGUGCCGUUCCUGGAGGAGCAGCUUGGCCAAAGCCUCCCCCCGCUGAACGAGCAAGCCUCUCUACCCGAGCUGCUGGGCAUCUGUGACAAGCACGGUAUUCCCUGCUCGCCUCCACACACCCUUUCCCGAGUUAUCGACAAACUGAUAUCCCAUUUCAUCGAGCCGAUCUGCGUUCAGCCCACGUUCUUGUGCGGCCACCCGCUCGUCAUGUCGCCACUCUCGAAGGAGCGCCUGCACACGGGAACCGCCAGCCGGUUUGAGCUCAUCAUUGGUCGCAAGGAAGUCAUCAACGCCUACAGUGAGCUGAACGACCCAGACGAACAACGGCGGCGAUUUGAGAGCCAAAUGAAGGAUCGCAGUGCCGGCGAUGCCGAAGCCCAGAUUCUGGACGAAGACUUUGUCACUGCUCUGGACUACGGCCUGCCUCCGACGGUUGGCUGGGGCCUCGGCAUCGAUCGCCUUUGCAUGCUGCUGACGGGCUCGACUCGUAUCAGAGACGUUCUCGCUUUCCCGAUCCUGAAGCCCGUCGCCAACCCACAGACUCAGUGAGUCCGAGAAGAUCGCGUCGCUGGCAAGCCCAAGCAGCACUGGAUCAAGUAGCGACACGACCAUCGUUCUUGAAUACACCCUUGUCUAUCUAUAUACUAGCGCGGCCACGCCCGUCCACAGAAACACCGCGCCGACCCCAGGCGAUCCUCAGCCCGAUCGACUCUCACACACUGUUGGCAAUCUGGG